AUGGCAUCGUCUCUAAAGAUCUGGGGCACACCCUUGGCCCUGCUUUGCAUCCUAUGCACACUGCUUGUACAGAGCAAGGAAGUUUCUUGGAGAGAAUUCAUGAAACAGCACUACUUAAGUCCAAGUCGAGAAUUCAAAGAAUACAAAUGUGACGUCCUCAUGAGAGAAAAUGAAGAUCUGAAAGACAAGAGCUCUCACAUGUUUAUCUAUAUCUCAUGGUACAAAAUCGAGCAUAUAUGCACUAGUGACAACUGGAUGGAUCGCUUCCAAAAUGCAUAUGUAUGGGUCCAGAAUCCUCUCAAAGUACUCAAGUGUCACCGGGAGAAUUCCAAAAAUAGCUACACAGAGAGCAGGAGCUUCAACUACGUUGAAUUCCAUUGUAGCAUGGAUGGGUAUGUUGAUAGCAUAGAAGACCUAAAGAUGGUAGAACCUAUCAGCAACUAG